CUCCCCUGCCGUCAGGGCAGCGGGGUAAAGGACCGCUCGUGACCCGCCACGGGCGCCUCAGACGCGCACAGCCUUCAGCUCCGGCGCCGCGCGGCCCAGCUGCUCCGGGAGCGGAACCUGCCGUGUCUUGACGUCCUUUUUUUAAUUUUUGAACUGUUGUGCCGCGGUCUUGCCGGCCUCGCCAGAAUAGUGAGCAGAAUGAACACCACCCAGGACCAGAGCAGCUGCGCCAAUAUCAGAGAACCCCUUCUGAGGUGUAGCGAUGCACGGAGGGACUUGGAGCUUGCUAUUGGUGGAGUUCUCCGGGCUGAACAGCAGAUCAAAGAUAACUUGCGAGAGGUAAAAGCUCAGAUUCACAGCUGCAUAAGCCGUCACCUGGAAUGCCUUCGGAGCCGUGAGGUGUGGUUGUACGAGCAGGUGGACCUCAUCCAUCAGCUUAAAGAGGAGACACUUCAGCAGCAGGCCCAGCAGCUCUACUGGCUCUUGGGCCAGUUCAAUUGUCUUAUUCAUCAGCUGGAAUGCACCCAAAGCAAAGAUCUAGCCAAUCAAAUCUCUGUGUGCCUGGAGAGACUGGGUAGUUUGACCCUUAAGCCUGAAGAUUCGACUGUCCUGCUCUUUGAAGCUGACACAACCGCUCUGCGCCAGACCAUCACCACAUUUGGGUCCCUGAAGACCAUUCAAAUCCCUGAGCACUUGAUGGCUCAUGCUAGUUCUGCAAGCAUUGGACCCUUCCUAGAGAAAAGAGGUCACAUUACAGUGCCAGAGCAGCAGAGUUUUCUGUAUGAGCAGCAGAAGUUGGUGCCCAGCAGCACAUCUGUACCUCUCAGCGAGUGGCUUCUUGGAAGCAAACCUGCCAGCAGUCGCCAGGCUCCUUUCAUGCCCAGCACCAACCCCCAGGACUGGCUGAGCCACAAAUGGAACUUGGAGAACAGCCAGACAUCUGUUAGAGCCUGCAGUGUCUUCAGUGAUGUCUGGGGCAACCUAAAGGGCUUAGAAAACUGGCUGCUCAAGAGUCAGCAACAAGAACUUCCUGGAAGACCAAGUUCCCCAAAAUGUAGGAGCCAUUCUACUAGCAGUUCCCUAUCCAUUGAAGUUGAGAAGGUUGGCGAUCUAGAGAAUCGUGAUCAAGAUGACAUGGGGCUGUCUGAUUGGCUGGUGACCUCCCAGGAGCCCUGUAAGCUAGAGCAGCCUGAAAAUGGCAGCCAUGAAGUCAGUGAAAAGUUUAAGCACCUGUUUGCAGUGUUCCAGGAGCCCUACAGCAUGAGUGAUUGGCUUGCCCAGCCUGCCACCUGUACCAACUGUCAGGGCAACCAGCCCAGAGGUGUGGAAAUUGAAAACCUGGGCAAUCUGAAGUGCCUGAAUGACCACUUGGAGGCCAAGAAACCGCUGUCCACCCCCAGCAUGAUUACUGAAGAUUGGCUUGUCCAGAACCGUCAGGAACCGUACAAAGUAGAGGAAGUAUGCAAAGCCAACGAGCCCUGCACUAGCUUUGCAGAGUGUGUGUGUGAUGAGAAUUGUGAGAAGGAAGCUUUAUGUCGAUGGCUUCUGAAGAAAGAAGGAAAGGAUAAAAAUGGGAUGCCUAUGGAAGCCAAAGCUGAGCUUGAAAAUCACAAAGAGUUCCUCAAUACAUGGCUCUGUCCUUCCAGAAAAGAGGAAACAGAACAAGCUAAGGCACCAGAGGCAUUCAGUCCUUCUAGAAUUGCUGGUUCCUUCCAGGUCCUCAGAAACAGUUCCUUGUCAGAGUGGCUCAUCAAGUCCUCAUGCAAAGAAGGGAGCCCCAAUAAAGUGCCAAAUACCAAGGACAGUGCUGGCAAACAAAACCUUAAAAGCCCUAUGACCACUUCCUGGUGCUCCUUUAAUACUGCUGACUGGGUCUUGCCUGGAAAGAAGGUGGGAAGUCUCAGCCAGCCUUCUGGAGACAAGUGGCUGCUUCGAAAGAAAGCCCAGGAAGUAUUUCUUAAUUCACCCCUACAAGAGGAACGUAACUUUCCCGCAGACCGAUACGGCCUCCCAGCUGUUUGCGAUCUCUUUGCCUGCAUGCAGCUUAAAGUUGAUAAAGAAAAGUGGUUGUAUCGAACUCCUCUACAGAUGUGAAAAGAGUAGACUGUGACUCCAGAGCUUGUUUGCAGAUCAUCUCACAUCCGUGAGCUGUGGCUGCCUCUCCAUUGUGUUUCUGGAUCUGACCAGUCAGCUUAGUUCCUUUCCUGCCCGAGUUUGAACUAGCCAAGAGACCUCAUCAAAUUACAGGCCACUUUAUUACAGAAAGAGGUUGUUUGUUGAUGCUGAGGUGAUUCAGUUCUCCUUAUGGAAGUAUGAAUUCCCCCACACACACUUAGAAAGGCCAUGUCAGGGGCAGGGGGCAGGUCUCUCCCUGGCUUUCAUGACUCUUAAAAUUGGGUUAAUGAAAGUACAUAAAUACCGUAGUCUCCCCCAAAGUAACCCACUUGUGUUCAGCAUCCUAGAGCUAGCAAACUCCCAAGCCUUUUGAUGGCCCUUUACAUGCUUCUCCUGCUGUGGAUUUUCUUGGCUUAGUGGUCUGAAGUGAUUAUUCUGUUCAAUUAAUAGAUAGCCUGUUGCACACUAAAUUAACCUUGCCAUUACGGUGGUAUUUUUUCCUUACCAAAUGUGUAUUAGUAAUCUUGGCUAUUCGUGACAUUAAUUACCAAACAUUUUAGCCUACACAUCAACCUUACAUUACUUUUUCUCAUUUGGAAGAAAUAUGGCAUUUGCACAUUUUGCCUUUAUUCCUUCCUCUGUUACUAAAUUAUUUAGUGAGCCCCUGGAGGACUCUGUCCUGUUUCAGAAACAUUUCCAGGUUUGUCCCAGCCUCUUUUCCAAUAUUCUAUAUACCUACAGGCUCUAAAGAGUCCCAGCUAGAAAUGUAGUACUUGAACUAUUUACCUUAGGGAUUUCUGGUGCAUCCUGUGUAAAUGAAACCUGAGCUUAACACCUGGUGCUUCUGACUAGGGAUGGUCAAUGUCCUGUCGACGCAAACAAAGCAUUCCUGUACCUCCAAAAGUACAAUGCAGUGGCAUUUUACUGGACAGGUGGUUUGAACACUUGUGCCUUGGGGUGCCUACUGAAGUUUUAUGGAUGAAACUAUUGGUUGUUUUCUCAAAAUCCUUAAAGUCAUGUUUAAACGUUUUUCUGUAGAUGAGAGUUACAUUUUACAAUUGUGAGAUCUUAGCUGCCUUCCAGGCUUCAAAACUAUUAAGCCUCUUAACUGCCUGUGUUACUGGAAAUACUUUGAGGGAAAUACCAAUCUCACAGAGACACUGUCAUAGAGCUUCUCUACAAUCCUUUGAACCACAGCUGAAAAGAGCCUCUCAUUUUGUAAUCCUCCCAGAUCUCACUGAGAAUUAUAAUAAAGGUGGUGGGUAAAAACAACUUACAGAGCCUUUCCAAUAUCUUAAUUGCAGGAAACUUUGUAGUUUCAUUUUUGAGGUCUAACACACAGUAUUUUACACCAUCAAAAUGUAAUUUACAUUAAUCAGUAUGGUAAUGAGUAUGUAAAAUAUUCUUUUGCACUGAUGCAUUUUAUACCUCCUUCCAUUAAAGCAUAACAGCCACA